AUGACAUUGGAUAAACCAAUAGCUGUUGUAAAAUAUGUUGAUAUGCCAGUGGAUAUGCAACAAGAUGCUGUUGAUCUAUGUUAUCAAGGUAUAGAAAAUUUUAAAGAAGAAUAUGAAAUUGCAAAAUAUUUAAAAAAAGAAUAUGAAUGUAAAUAUGGAAGUAUUUGGCAUUGUAUUGUAGGUAAAUCAUUUGGUAGUUACAUCUCACAUGAAGAAGAUGGAUUUAUAUUCUUUCAUUUACACGGAUAUUAUGUGAUGCUAUUUAAAGCAGGUUAAAUGAAACUAAAAAUGUUUAUCAGUUGUUUU